UCACAACAAAAACACGCAUUCCGCGGGCCGGACAGUCGAAUUUUAUUAAAAACCGAAUAAUUUUCAGUUAUAAACAGCUUAAAAAUAUCUAAAAAUUGCUUUUUAGUAUUUAAUAGGUCAUUAAAUUAUCCUUGAAGCUUCCAGAACAAUGGCGGAGGAAGAUGAAAUCAAAGAAUACCGCUGGGAAACCGGCUACGAGAAAACAUGGGAAGCAAUCAAGGAGGACGACGAUGGCUUGGUGGAGGGUUCGGUGGCCGACAUAAUCCAAAAGGCCAAACGAAAACGCCAGGCCAUGAAGAAAGGCUUCAGCAAACUGGGGAUGAUGCGUCAUUUGUAUGUGCUGUUGGAUUGCUCCGAGGCGAUGACCGUUCCGGAUUUGAAGCCAACCCGGUUUUUGUGCACGCUGAAGCUGCUGGAAAUUUUCAUCGAGGAAUUCUUUGACCAGAACCCCAUCUCGCAGCUGGGCGUGAUCGCCAUGAAGGCCAAGCGGGCGGAGAAAAUUUCCGAGCUGGGGGGAAGCUGCCGGAAGCACGUGAAGGCCGUGGCCGGUUUGAACAAGCUCAAUUUGACGGGGGAACCGUCGCUGCAGAAUGGGUUGGACCUGGCACUGAAGACGUUGAAAAUGGUUCCGGCCCAUGCCAGUCGAGAAGUGCUGGUAGUGAUGGGCAGCUUGACCACCUGCGAUCCGACCGAUAUUCACAUCACGAUUGAGGCGCUCAAAGCCGAGGGGAUUCGCUGCUCGGUGGUCAGCCUGUCGGCGGAGAUUCGGGUGUGCAAGUUUUUGUGCACCGAAACGGGCGGAGUGUACGGGGCAGUGCUGGAUGAUGCCCAUUUUAAGGAUCAACUGUUGCAGCAUAUCGAUCCACCGCAGGCCGGCAGUCAGCAGGAGUUUUCGUUGAUCAAAAUGGGAUUCCCGCAUGGGAAAACGGAAGAAGGUAAAGAUCCGCCGCUGACGAUGUGCAUGUGCCACAUCGACAGCACAGACGAACCGUCCAAGUUGACAUCCGGUGGAUACCACUGCCCCCAGUGCUACAGCAAAUACUGCGAUCUGCCGGUGGAAUGCGCAUCGUGUGGUCUAACCUUAGCAUCUGCGCCGCAUUUGGCCCGGUCCUAUCAUCACCUGUUUCCGGUGCCACACUUCCAGGAGAUGCCUUUCGAGAAUCAGGCUAGCAUUUGCUAUGGCUGUCAGAAACCGUUUGCCGACAGUACGGACAAAACGGUGUACCAGUGCGGAACCUGCCAGCAGGUGUUCUGUAUAGAUUGUGACAUUUUCAUACACGAAACGAUGCACUCGUGUGUGGGCUGUACGACGAUACCGGCCUCGGUGCAGGCUUUACACGCACGGAAACCCGUUGCUCCGCCGAUUCCGUAAAACGUGAGAUGUGCAUUGUGAUUGUCAAAAUAUAGGUUGUAAACCUAA